AAAUAGUAAUACUUUCAUAUAUUCGACAAUGGCUCGCCCUACCCCAAUCUCAUCCCAGCAAUCGAUGAGGAAUGAGCAUUGGAUGUUCGACGAUGCGAUGAAUGAGCGAAUUCGGUCGACUCAUGCCCCCGAUGGUCGUGUUGUUGAUGUUACACAAGUUCUUCAAGUCACUCGCAAUGUUUUGCGUCAUAUCAUUCCCAACAUUAAUCUUUCUUUGAAUGGGCACAUCGAUGCAUCCGACGAUCAGACCAACUUGUCUGCCGCUGAUGGCGCGCUUGAUGCAUUACACAAAAUCUGCUGCGAGCUAUCAUGCAAGUGUUCUAGAGGAGGUGAUGCCCAUGCAACAACAAUGGCGAUCUUCAACAUGCUUUCAAGCUAUCCAUGGGUUGCAAAAGUGGUGCUAACAUUAGCGGCUUUUGCAGUGAAUUUCGGGGAGUUUUGGCUGAUCGCUCAGCUUUGCACUUCCAACCCUUUGGCCAAAUCAGUGGCUCUCCUCAAGCAACCCGACAUUUCAGAGCACUCCCAAACACUGAAAUCCCACUUUGAUGCACUCAGCAAGCUCAUCAAUGCAAUGUUCGAUGUAACCAAGUGCAUUGUUAAGCUUACUGAGCUACGCUCUUCUAAGUAUAUUUCCAUCGGUGAGCCACCAUUGUCGACCGCCAUGGCUCAUAUCCACACUGCUACUUACUGGAUCAUUGCGAGUGUCGUCGCUUGUACUAGACAGAUUACAGGCCUUAUAGAGUUCACUACAGUGACUUCGGAGGCAUGGGAGCUAUCAAGCUUGGCACAUAAAGUUAGCAGCAUACAUGAACACCUUCAAAGUCAAUUAAGUCUUUGUUAUGAGCGUAUUGAUGAGAAGAAGCUAAUUGAAGCUUUUGAACACUUCAAGCGUACCAUUGAAACACCUCAAGUGGACAACUUGAAGAUUCUCCAAAACAUCUUUGGCAAGGAAGAGAAUCUCUUGAAUCCGGACAGGGCCGAGGUUUGUAUCAAUGUCUUGGGAAGAAAGCAUGUUAUAUUGCUCAUUUCAGAUCUUUCUAUCUCCCAAGAGGAGAUUCGGGUUCUUGAAGAUGUUUACAAAGAAAGGGUAUCAUCUGGGCUUAACUACGAGAUCAUAUGGCUCCCAAUUGUGGACAGAACAACUUGGAAUGAUUAUUAUCGGGAAAAGUUUUCGAAACUGCAAUCAAUUAUGUCGUGGUAUACUGUGAGCCAACAUGUUGCCAUUGAACCAGCAGUGAUUAAAUACAUAAGGGAAGAAUGGGGUUUCUUUAAGAAACCAAUUGCGGUGACAUUGAAUCCACAAGGAAAGGUUUUAUGCCCAAAUGCACUCAACAUGAUGUGGAUAUGGGGAAAUUCAGCUUUCCCGUUUAGCAGUGAAAAAGAAGAAAGUUUUUGGAAAGCUAAACCUUGGACACUUGACCUUCUCUUUGGUCGCCUUGAAGCAGACUUACCUACUUGGGUGAGCCAACAGAAAGUGGUUUGUUUCUAUGGUGGUGUGAAAAUGGAAUGGAUCCAAAGUUUCACUACCGCAACAACAGCGGUUGCAGAGGCUCUCGGUAUUGGCAUAGAAAUGGUUUAUGUUGGAAAGAAAAAUAAAAGGGAACGAGUGAAAAAGAUUACUGGUUUAAUCAAAGAGAAGGAACUUAGCCGUGCUUGGGAAGAUGACAAUGUGUGGUUCUUUUGGAACCUAUUAGAGAGCAUGUUGUACUCGAAAAACCAACAUGGGAAGACCAUUGAAAACGAUGUUAUAAAGCAAGAAGUGAUGACGAUGCUUGAAUAUGACAGUAGUAAAAAUGGAUGGGCUGUGUUCUACACCGGAUCGGGUGAAAUGGUGAAAGCCAAUGGAGAGAAAGUGCUUAGCACCAUGGACAAAUUUGAUGAAUGGAAAAACCUUGCCAAGCAAAUGGGUUUUGUCCCAGCACUUCGUGAGAAGUUGGAAGGGGUUAUCCCGCGCCAUCAUUGCACUCGCCUUAUCCUUCCGAGUAACGGUGGUAGAAUUCCGGAGAGGGUGCAAUGUGCUGAGUGUGGUCGUCCGAUGGAGUUGAAUUUCUUGUAUCGCUGCUGUGCAGAGUGAGGUAAAGGAAGGGGAAAAAAGAUGGUUUUGGGGAGGUUUGUUUGGUAUUAUGAUAUGAUUAUCAUAUCUAGAGUCGACAUGUUUGCUAGGUUUUCUAAUAAUGCUUAGGGCUCUGUUAAUAUCCCACACUGGUUAUUGAAGAGCCUUAGCUAAUUUUAUCUGAUUGUUUGUGUUGCAUUCGCAGUUUGCCUUGUAAGACUGCUUCCCUAAAUAAAGAGUUCAUUUGAGUUUA